UAUUUAAGGAAUAUAAUGGGGGUGCUUCUGUGUUUCUAUAUGAAACUGUGUGAUGUGAAACUCAAAAAACGCAGAAACCUCGUAAAGUCGGAAGCCAACCCGACCAGCCAACACCGUCAAUCGGAGACGGGCUUCGGAGUUGAGAGAGAGAGAGAGAGAGAUGGGGUUCCGAUGUAUUGAGUGUGGAUUUCAGGUUGGUAACAGUAAAAAUCUAUUUGUCCAGUAUUCUCCAGGAAACAUCCGCCUUAUGAGAUGUGAGAAUUGCAAAGCAGUUGCAGACGAGUAUAUAGAAUGUGAGAUCAUGAUCCUUUUGAUUGAUUUGAUAUUGCACAAGCCCAAAGCAUAUAGACAUCUACUCUACAAUUCGCUCAAUCGACAAGCAGUGAAUCAUCAGGGCUUGUUUUGGAAGACGGCUUUUGCUUUUCUUCUUCUGGAUGCAUACAGGGUCCUGCUCUUGAAUCAGAGUGAAGAGGGAUGGGGUUUGUCCGUGGGCUUUUCUACAUUAGUUUCAAGAUAUGGAAAGGUGCUGAUGGAUCUCCUAUUUGGAAACUUCGUAUUUCUUAGUUUUCUACUUCUCGUGACAAGAUAUUUUUUGGAAGCAUCUUUUGGAGCCUUGCGGUACAUAGACGUUUUGCUUGCCAUCUUUAUUUCUAGCUACUUCAAGAUCUUUCUCAUUGUCAUGAUGGUUUGGGAGUUUCCAUCUUCAGUGCUUUUUAUCAUUGAUAUAUUCGUUCUAUCCUCCAACACAGUGGCUCUGAAAGUGAUCACCGAGUCAUCCAUCGAGAAAUGUAUCGGGGCUUGCUUUAGUGCACAUGCUGUUAAGUUAUUUUUCAGAGGGUUGCUUGACAUCGCCUACCGAGAUCACUAAGACGAUCAAUUAAAACUCCGUUGCUCCGUUGCCUGAUGCCUCAGUUAUAUGUAUCUUUUCCUUUCAUGUAUGUCAAUGUGGACAUCUCGAAGCUGACUUGUUCACUUGGUGAUCCAAUGUGACCCAAACACUUCCUACAUCGAUGAUAUCUAGAAACUGUGGUUUUAACUUCCCUCCUGCACCCCCAAGUGAUCCAAAGUCUUGUACAAGUGGAAGAACCCAGAUUAGGAGCCCUAUGAUCUUAAGUUAUACAAUGUUGUUCACGAUUGUAUCCUCCUACAGCUGAUCUCCCUCUUCAGCCCCAUCCCACUUCUGGAACUCCUGUUCUACUCUGUAAAAUCAGAAUAUUAGCUUAAUUGAAGAAUAGCAGGGUUUUUUUUUCCAA